AUGGAAAUAAAUAUCAACACAUCUAAUUUAACUUUACAGGAAUUACAGAAUCAAGUUAUAGAAUUAAAAGCAGAAUUAGAAAAAAUCACUCGACCAUCAAAUCAACAUAUUAAAGGUUACCAGAGUUUGCAUUUAGAUUUGGCAGGAGAAAAUACAGGAUGGGGUGAUUGUAUAAAUAAUUCACAAAUAAUAAUUGCAGAUAUCACCAAAUCUAUCAGACAAAAAGAACUUGGUAAAGGUUAUGUUACAGAUUCAGAUGGUAAUGAAUCAGAAUUUAAACACGAAACUGUAAAUAUGUAA